AUGUCUCUAGGUCAGCUCACCUCGAGCGUGUUUUUGUACUGCGAGCCUACGGUCCCGCCAGUCACGGGUUUCAUCACGGAGACGGCCACAGUCACAGCUACCGUGACGUCAACCUUCACCGAGAUAUGGGAGUUCACGGCCUGGGCUGCCGGCCCAACGGGGGAAUGGCCCGCAACCUACACCAUCGAAGAGAUCUGCACGGGCGACCCGGAUACUUGGACUCGGCCUGCCAUCCCGCCCAACUUCAUCAAGACAGUCGUCACGUGCGGAGUGUGCGACCGGAAGACUCAGACCAUCACCUGUCCUGUCGAGAAGGCCGCGCAGACUGGCGACGUCACUAUCCAGGGCAACGGCGUAACUGCCACCCCAGCCUCGGUCCCGGCUCAAGCAACUGGUACUUCUGAUUCAGGCGUUGCCCAAGGCCCGGGCACGGCUCCGGGCAUGGCUCCAGGCUCAAACGCAAUGCCGGGCAUGGACAGUGGUUCUGGAGCGACUGCUCCAGCUCCGGGGGCGGCCCCGGGCAGUGGGCCCGGGAUGAAACCAGGUGCAGGAGGUGAUUCUCCGGCAGCUGCUCCAGUUCCAGCUCCCAAUAAUAACGCUGGUCCUGGAUCGUCACCUGCGUCUGGUCCGGGGUCAUCCCCCAACAACGGCAAUGCUGGCUCCGGGUCCUCGCCUGCAUCUGGCUCAGGCUCAUCUCCCGCGCCCAACUCUGGAUCUGGAUCUGCGCCGGGUGCAGCGCCGCCUGCAGAUGGCGCAGCGGGCGGAGCGUCUCCGACGGUGAUGACACCUCAGUCGAACGCCGGGACGGGCGCCGCGAGCUCCCCAUAUGUGACUGCCGGUGCACCGAGCUUGAAGAGUGCCCUGCUCUUCGUCUCGGGCAUAUUUGUGCUUGUGUCUGGCUCGAUCAUAUGUUAUUGA